AUGUUCUAUUCCUUCAGCUUCUUUUCCAAUAAGACGUCCUCGCAAUCGAGAAACUCCGAAAAGGAGUUGCCUACUGUAGUGGACUUCAAUACACUUGACUCCUUGAACGGGGAAACUACAUCAACCAACGGAGAGCCACUGGCAAAGAGAAAGGGAAUCCUAGGUAGUCUUCUACAAUGGCCUUUUGCGGUCUCGGCGGAGUCGACCACCUCUAGUGAAGCCAUGACGUGUCCAAAGAUAGUGGAUACAACCAACAAAGUCAUUGCCAUGAAGCAGAUCAGUGGAGCCGAGGUUCCUCCUUGUGGAGAGAAUGAGAAUGAGCCCGGAUGUGACGAUUUCAUUGAUAUUGAGGUCCGGAAGCUCUCAUACGCUGAAGUUGCCGCUCUUGAUUCCAACUUGGUUGUGCCAACACAAAAGAAGAGACAGCAGACACUCGAUGAAGUGGUUACCCUUGGGCUAGAGAAUGAGAUUGAGGACACGAGUAAUCACUUGGAAACAAUGGAUGACUUUGAAGGAUGCGAUAGAUUGGAAGACGACGUUUUUGAUUCUACCCUAAUGGACUCCAUGUCGGCUGAAGAUCAGUGGGAUGAUUAUGUCGCAAACAAAACCUCAAAGAAGACCACACGGAAGAAGAAGCUAAACAAAAGAAGCAAACACAUGCAUCUACAGUGA